AUGCGCACUUCAAUCUCCAUUUCGGCACUUCUGGGUCUCGCCAGUCUUGUUGUCGCGCUACCAAAGGACGGCCUGAACUACGAGCUCUACACGAACAGUCUUGGAUACACCGCCUCUCGCUUCAAGCCGGGAAUGGAACCAGGCAGCGAUGACUACGCCCGUCGAUUUGGCGCAGGAGCAAACAACAUCACCCUGGACCUCACUUCAGGGGAUGGUCAGCUCACGAAGCGUGCCGAGAACCGGAACACCGACCCAUUCAUGGGCAGGAAGCAGAUUGCAUACGGAUGCGACACGGACAUUCCUGGAACAGUCUUCGACAAACUCCACACCUUAUGUCAAGACACGCACUGUGAUGAGGGAAUCGAAGAGACCAUCGAGACUUCAUAUCCUACUUAUGGUCGCAAAGAAUCAGCUACCAUAACCAUCAAAGCAGCAGGCAACUAUCCUUCCGGCAUGAAGCAUGCCUUUAUUUGGGCCGUCCAAGCAAUGGCCAUGCCUGAGGCGGUAGAGUGGAAGUGGAUUGAAACGAACGUUGAUGCAUUGGGCCACACACCUGCACGGGCCGCUGGCUGCGAUGUUUCGUACUCCAGCAACUUCUUUUCUGUGGUCAUGCGCGGCGACGACGGGUCCCAGAUGGGAGAGAUGAACGUCGAAGUCGACUUCAAGGUCGAUGGCGAGGAUGCGCUGUGCGAUCUUGUCUUCCCACUUGGUGAAGCCAUUGCUGGGGCCAUUCAUGGUAUUGCAGGAGGCAUCUUUGGAGUUGUGUCAACCUUGGCAUGCUCUUAA